GUGCGCACGUGUGUUUGUGGUGGUUGAUGUGUGUAGCUGGUAGUGCGAAUAAAAACUGUGUAAUAAGUCUUGUGCUAUCGACGUCCAAACCAUGAAGACUGUAGACCAGAAGACACUGCUAACGAAUGGACUGAAAAACUUGUGGGGCCAACAUUCCUUAAAAACACUGUGUGCCGAAAAUGUUGCGAAGCUGUCCACUGAGAAUCGACAGGCACUUCUCUGCUACAUAUCACACUUGCUUAUACAACCCAGCCUUACUGAGCAAGUGGCAAAAAAUUUCCCUCAAAUUGUGUUGCAGUUGCUUCACAUAGCUAAAGACUGGAACAAACUGCAGACACUUUUCAGAAAUAUUAGCCCAUCUCUUCAUAUUAUGAUAUACGAGAAUGAAGGUGAAAGACAUAAGAAAAUCUGUGUGGCUCUUGGAAAGCUAAUAAUGUUUCACCCGGAUGCACUAAGAUUCAGCUUGGAGUAUUUUGAAAAAUAUCCUGCACCAUUUACAUAUCUUUUUUCACGUUCGGAAGUUGCUUGGAACCGUGCUAUAUAUGUGGACGAACAAGUCUCAGAUUACGAUAUUAUUGCAUCGUGCUACAGCUUUCUGUCCACCUCCUGUGAUCAUUUUCGGCAGUGUUGGAAUUGGGCUGCAUUUACUGAGUUAUUGAGAAGAUACAAGCAUAACAGAAAACUGAUGUGGGUCGGUCUUAAUUGUUUAGCAACUGUGACCGGUAUGUCAGACUCGGAGCGGCAGUACUUGUUGUUCGGACAAAAUGCUACUGAAAAUUAUCUUCUCGAGUUUGACGAAUACACGGAAAAACUCAGUAAUAUCAAAGUCGUGUCAUCAGACAUUCUCGAAGCACCUUCAUCCGACUCGUGUUCUAUGCUGGGAUCUGUUAUUACAGUUGCUGGCUUUCAGUUUCCAGUAGUUGAUCCAACUAAGCAGAGAGAUGAGCCCCUCCAGCGUGGUGUACAAACUACGGAGCAAAACCUGCGUAGCCUCGCCUUGGCACUGGUCUCAGGUCGUGCUAUCUGCCUCCAGGGACCAGUUGGUUCUGGCAAGACAGCUUUAGUUGAACACUUCGCUAAUCUUACAGGGCGUGGUGGCCUCCCACACCUGACUAAAAUCCAGCUUGGUGACCAGACAGACAGUAAAAUGCUGCUUGGUUCAUAUCGCUGCACUGACAUCCCUGGGGAAUUUGUUUGGCAGUCUGGAGUCCUUACAGAGGCUGUUGAAAAAGGCUAUUGGUUAUUGCUGGAAGACAUUGAUUCAGCACCAAGUGAUUUAGCUUCUGUUUUGGCAUCUCUUCUUGAAACAAGACAUCUUUUUGUGCCAGGAUAUCGCGAUUCAAUACCAGUAGCUCGUGGGUUUCAACUGUUCUUGACUCGUAGAUUUACAAAGAGUGGAAGUGAAAAGAUAAGUGUGUCAUCAUCACUGUUGGAGUCUCAUUGGAUCACAGUGGAUAUCAAACCUCUUAAAAAGGCAGAACUUCUGCAAGUUGUCAAGGGGGUGUUCCCUGUUCUGGAGCACAGUGCUGAAAAUCUAAUCAACACCUUCUCAGUAUUUUCACAAGGAAGGCAUGAGGAGAAUCCUGAACAAAUGGUUAAGAAUCCCAUAAAGAAACGUAUUCUUGAAGAGCUGAAGCAGAAGCUGGGAAGUGGAAGACUCACUUCCACAAGGGAUCUUUUGAAAUGGGCUGUGCGCUGCAGCGAAGUUUACAAACAUAGUCCAAAGGGAAAUAAAGACGCUGCAUUGAACGUCUAUGCCGACGCUGUGGACAUCUUCUGUCUUUCCGAGAACAAGAAAGAUGUGCGUAUUGCCGGUGCUAAAGCCGUGGGGAGUUUCUUGAGUGUGCUUGUGGAUGCAGAUAAUUAUCUUAAUGUGCAUAAGCCCACAAUUUCUGAAACAGAUCGUCAGAUUACAGUUGGACGAGCCACACUGCUGAAGAAGAAAACUGAUGAGAUUGCAAUUCAACGUGCUCAGCGAACUGCCCUUGUCCCACCUGUGGUUCGACUUCUAGAAGGAGUAGCCCGUGCAAUACAGUUUUGUGAGCCAGUGUUGCUUGUUGGUGAAACAGGCACAGGAAAAACUUUCCUCAUUCAGCACCUAGCACAAAGAACUGGAAAUCCACUACUGGUCAUCAAUAUGAACCAGCAGAGUGAAACAACAGAUCUGCUCGGAGGUUAUAAACCAAUGGAUCUGAAGUUUAUAGUGAGACCUGUGAGAGAAAAAUUUGAGAGACUUGUGCGUAAUCUUGCAUGGGAAGAUGGCCUUAAAUUUUUAGUGAAGCUGGCAAGAGAGUAUCAUAGCCGAAACUGGAAAAUGGUACUCCUUAUGAUGAAGCGUAAAACGUCUUCUGUCUUGAAGAAGUUACGUAAGAAGUCUAACCCCAGUGAAGAAAUUACCACUAUGAUUUCAAACUGGAAACAGUUAAGUGGUGAUUUGUCACGGCUAGAGAAGCAGAUUUCCUCUAAUGCUAUGGCCUUCACUUUUAUCGAGGGAAGUCUUGUCAGAGCUGUCCGUGAAGGAAAAUGGGUGCUCCUUGAUGAAAUCAACUUGGCACCACCAGAAACGUUGGAAUGCUUGUCAGGGCUAUUGGAAGAUGGAGCUGUGGGUAGCCUCCGCUUAUUGGAACGAGGUGAUGAGCAACCUGUUCCAAGGCACAAGGACUUUCGUCUCUUUGCUUGUAUGAAUCCUGCUACAGAUGUCGGCAAGAAGGAACUGCCUGCUGGCUUACGUAACAGGUUCACAGAAUUCUUUGUAGAUGAACUUACAUCAGAGAGUGAUUUGAAAGAAAUGAUGCAUUGUUACAUUGGACAACUUGGACUUGGAGCAAGAAAAAUAAAGGAUUUAGUGCAGUUCUAUUGCAAACUGAAGAAUGUUGACAGUUAUAGUCUUUGUGAUGGGACUGGAAAUAAACCACACUACAGUUUGCGGACAUUGUGCCGAGCUCUGACUGUUGCUGCAAAAAACCUGUGUGGGUCGGUGCCACGUUCUCUGUAUGAAGCCUUUUGUAUGAGCUUUUUAACGCAGCUGGACUAUAAUUCUCAUCCAGUUGUAGAGGGAGCUAUAAGAGAUGCUGUGCUGUCAGGUAAAAAAGACACUGGAAAUGAAUUAAACAGACAGUUGCCAGUACCUGCGAAAGAGAACUUGUAUGUUUGUGUUGAAGGAUUUUGGAUCCGAAAAGGAACUCUGGAUCCAUUUAUUCCACAGAAGUACAUAUUGACAGAAUCUGUUAGCCGCAAUUUGCGAGACCUGGCACGUAUUGUGUCUUUGGGCCAACUGCCUGUGUUGCUGCAAGGUGACACGUCAGUUGGCAAGACGAGUAUUGUGACUUACUUGGCUCAGAUAACAGGUCACCACUGUGUGCGAAUCAACAACCAUGAACACACAGAUCUGCAAGAAUAUGUGGGUUCUUAUAUUGCUGAUGCUUCUGGAUCACUAGUUUUCAGAGAGGGUGCUCUGGCAGAGGCAAUGAGACAUGGCCACUGGGUUAUAUUAGAUGAGCUGAAUUUGGCACCAACAGAUGUUCUGGAGGCUUUGAAUCGUGUUUUGGAUGACAACAGAGAGCUAUUCAUUCCUGAGACACAAGAAGUCAUAUCGGCACAUCCAAACUUCAUGUUGUUUGCAACGCAGAAUCCACCUGGUCUGUAUGGUGGGAGAAAGUUGCUGUCCAGGGCAUUUCGCAACCGGUUUGUCGAGUUACACUUUGAUAAAAUCCCGUCACACGAACUGGAAACUAUAUUAGAGAAGCGCUGUGAACUGCCUGAAUCUUACGCUCGUCGAAUGGUGAAUGUGAUGAAAGAUCUACAGGUCCACCGGAGAAGCAGUGUUGCUUUUGCUGGAAAUAAGGGAUACAUGACACUUCGAGACUUGUUUCGCUGGGGGGAGAGGUACCGACGUGCUCCUCAUAGCAGUGGUUUCCUGGACUGGAAAGAAUACAUGGCUGAAGAAGGAUUUCUCGUACUGGCCUGUCGAGUUCGCUGCAAGGAGGAGGAGGAAGUGAUCUGGAAUGUAAUCACGAAACAUUUUGGCAGCUCCCCCAACCGACAAAAUCUGUUUUCAUUCACAGACAACACAUCCUUGGUUACGUCGCCAAUUCUGCAGAAAAUUAAAGCUCUUAGCAGUAAAAAUCCAGACAGUGGUAUUGUGUGGACACACACUAUGCGGAGAAUGGCAGUACUUGUAUAUAAAGCAUUUGAGUUCGAUGAACCAGUGCUUCUGGUGGGUGAAACUGGCUGUGGAAAGACAACUGUAGUCCAGCACCUUGCAGCUCUACAGGGUCACACUCUCUACACACUGAACUGUCACAUGCACACAGAGGGCUCUGAUUUCCUGGGAGGUCUACGUCCUGUUAGGCAUCGUAGCCAAGAUGAUGACAGUCCACAGAAGUUAUUUGAAUGGGUAGAUGGCCCCCUCAUUAAGGCAAUGGAAGAAGGAUCAUGGUUUCUCUGUGAUGAAAUAUCACUUGCUGAUGACAGCGUGUUGGAGAGAUUGAACUCAUUACUAGAGCCAGAGCGAAAACUCCUGCUCUCUGAAAAAGGUAGCACAGGAUCAGUUUCUGAUGGUGCAGGUGACAGCUCUUGUAUUGUUACAGCUGCUCCAUCCUUUAAAUUUGUUGGGACAAUGAAUCCUGGUGGUGACUAUGGAAAGAAAGAGCUUUCUCCAGCUUUACGCAAUCGAUUAACGGAGAUAUGGUGUGAGUCACACUCAAAGCGGGAAGAUUUAGAACAAAUUCUAAAAGUUAAUCAGAAGGGUGGCUUGCAAUUAGAUGUCUCUGUUCUUGUCAUGGAUUUUCUCGAUUGGUUUACCAGUACAAAAAUUGGCUCAAAGUUUCGUGUAAAUGUCCGUGACCUCAUCACAUGGGUAAACUUUUACAAUGUAUGCACAUCACUGAAAGGGAUGUCUCCUGCACUUGCUUAUGUACAUGGCGCUUUCCUGACGUUUCUUGAUAGCUUUGGUUCAGGGAUCACUUCCAAUGAAAGUGAAGAAAAUUUGAACAUUUUGAAAUCAGCUGCUGUGCAAUUCUUGGCAAAACAAGUGAAUAUCUCAGAAGAAAGCUUUGAGCAGCCUGCUAACAUUAUUCGGGGCAAAAAUUUAUGCAUUCGUCCAUUCUCCAUUGAGACAGGUCCGUUGCGAAAUCCUCUGAAAGGAUUUACCUUUGAUACGAAAACAACCCUAUUAAAUGCAGAGCGUGUGCUGCGAGGCCUGCAGUUGACCCGGCCUGUACUGUUGGAAGGCAGUCCAGGCGUUGGAAAGACAGCUUUAGUUGCUGCUCUGGCGUGUCUUGCCGGGCAUCACCUUGUACGCAUCAACAUAUCGGAGCAGACGGAUAUUUCAGAUUUGUUUGGAGCAGAUUUGCCAGUAGAUGGUGGAGGUGAAGGACAGUUUGCAUGGCGUGAUGGUCCAUUGCUUAGAGCUUUAAAGGAUGGGGACUGGAUACUCCUCGAUGAGUUGAAUCUAGCAUCUCAGUCUGUAUUAGAAGGCCUCAAUGCUGUAUUUGAUCAUCGUGGAGAAGCAUAUAUUCCAGAACUGGGAUGUUCGUUCAAGUUACAGCAUCAAACACGAUUAUUUGCCACACAGAACCCACAGCGCCAAGGUGGAGCUCGUAAAGGUUUACCACGGUCUUUCCUUAAUAGAUUCACACAGGUCUACGUCUCAGCUUUGACAACGGUUGAUCUUGAAGCGGUGUUGAGUGCAAAAUACCCCAAGUUAGAGCAGAACCUUAUCCGUCAGAUGGUACAGUUCAAUGAGAAAAUUCGCUAUGAGACCACAGUAUUAGGUCUGUGGGGUCAGCGAGGUGGUCCUUGGGAGCUGAACUUGAGAGAUCUUUCACGAUGGGCUAAUGCUAUAGUUGCUGGUGAAGCAUUUGACAAUCCAGGGCUGUAUCUACCACUCAUUUAUGCAUCUAGAAUGCGCACACAGCAUGACAGAAAACAGGUCUUUAGGGUGGCUGCAGAGGAAGGUUUCAUAGUGCCAACAUGCGAGUCUUCAGUGACAAUCACGACAGACAUGCUUCAUGUCGGUGAAACGACAACAGAAAGGCUGGGGCGACAGAUGAAGUUGGGGAGAAUGCGUGGUUCGCUUGAACCACAUCCCAAACGCCGCAUGCAUUUACAACUGGCGGCAUCGACGUCUGGUCCUUUCUCGAGGGACCCAGUGGUUCUGAGGAGCUUGCAGCCAGCUCUGCAUUCACUUCUCCGGUGCCUUAGUCUGAAAUGGAUGCCUAUAUUAGUUGGACCUUCCGGCUCUGGGAAGACUAUGCUUGUCAAACUAGCAGCACAACUGGCAGGACGUGAGCUGCGCGUACUUUCAUUCAAUUCUGCUAUGGACACAAUGGAAAUUUUGGGAGGAUUCGAGCAGGUUGACCACUGGCGAAGACUGUCAGAUAUUUCAAGAGAAGUUGAGUGGAUAGUCUAUGCUUUUGUACGUUCAUUGCUGCUGCAAAAUGAGUGGCAUGGAUUAUCAAUUCUGCAGGAAUGGCAUGCUUUCUGCCAAAAUGCUACUGAUAAACAACAACAAAAUAGUGUGAAUGAUUUCCUCAUGAAAGUUAAUAUUUUGGAAGAUAUUGUCGCAGACAUCUCUUCUAGUCCUGUAAAAAUGGUACCAGAGAAUUCUGUGCAACAAAUACUGGAAAAUCUUGGCAACAAGCUCACUGAUUUAAGAUCUCAAGUAAUAGCUGAUGGCAGUUUAAGCGUUGGUGGAAAGUUUAUGUGGGUAGACAGCAUCCUGAUAAAGGCACUCAAGGAGGGAUGUUGGCUGCUUGCAGAUAAUGUGAACCUGUGUUCGCCAGCUGUUCUGGACCGAUUAAACGCUUUGAUGGAGCCUGGAGGAAAACUUGUAGUUGAUGAACUUGGUGUGAAUGCUGAUGGAAGGGUUGUUUCCAUUGAACCGCAUUCAAAAUUUCGUCUUAUUAUGACAAUGGAUCCACAUCAUGGAGAAAUUUCAAGGGCAAUGAGAAACCGUGGUGUGGAAAUAUUUAUACAAACAGAAGAGGAUUUUAGGAACUUAGAUGAAUUGUCAAUUCUUUUUAGAUGUGGAAUAAAAAAUUAUCACCACCAAAGUGCAUUAUUGGAUGUUCAUCAUGCUGUCUGUAGCAUGCUUGGAGUUUCAGAUAAAACACUCAACCUCUCAAGGCUAGAACAGACAGCUUCAUUACUGUGGCAUCAACUUGCACGAGGCCACAAGGCACUGACAUCUCUCCCCGCUGCAUGUUACGAUGUUUACACUCGCGCUGUGGGCAGCAGUCAGUCCCUUCGGGCCAGCAUCCAACAAGUCCUCGUGGAGAAGCUGUCGCGGUACAGGAGCUUCCUGAAGCACAGCACUCGGGAAGACACUUUUCUUCCACUGUCAGUACUAGCGUGCCCUGCGCCACUGCUUACUACGAACAGCGUUUUCACUGGACUGAAGGGCUCUGCUGCUGCUCUUUUGACAGUAGCAGCAAAUGUGGAGUUGAGUAGUGAAACAAUUUCCAUGGUGACAGGUGUCGAUGUGGCACAAAAUUCCACAAGCCUUCUUGAAGACCUCGCAUUUGCUCUUUUUUCUAUGAUGUCACACAGAGCAAUGCAAUUGGCUGACAUUUGGCUACUAUCCAAAGUUCAGCCCAGUGGAAAUGGAAUUCUUCAGCCUGCUUUUCAAAUGUACCAUAAACUUUCAAUCAAAUGGAGGAGAUUGAUCUGCACUGGAGUUGUGCCGAGACGGUUGGGUGUGGGCCUGCAAGAAGUCGAUAUCUGUGACUGGAAAGAACUUCCGUGGGAUGUACGAUGGUUGCCAUUUGCCCAACAACAGUGCAGUAACAUUAAUCUUAACUGGCAUGCUUACUGUGCCACAGUAAAUAGUAUACAUGUUUUAAAUUAUUUUGCCUUCAUCAGUCACCAGAUGGAAAAAAGAAAAGUAAAGCCUUCUAGUCUCACACUGUUGGAUCUCUCGCAGAAGUUCACUAAAGGUUCUGUAGUCCAGGUUCUUAUCAGUGCCACCACCUAA